AUGAGUCGCGCUUUUGAAAUAAGAAAAUACAGACUUUGCACCGUACUCUCUUUUCAAAUUAAGCCUCGAGAAUCCCAACAGCGACGAAACCGCUGAGAAGCGCAAACGUGGAAGCGCGUCGCAGUCACUAUAACUUCACCAUGGCUCGACCCUUUUGCCGCGAACCUGCGACCCUUUUGCCGCGAACCCUUUUUUUGUAGCCUGUACCCGAAUGCUGCUACAAGCAUAAUCCAACGACACAACCAACCAAGAAUCAACACUCCAUUAACAUUCUCCACACUCCUCCCUCCCUCUUUCUCUCCCUCUCAACCCUAAAUCUGGCGAUCUUCUGUAAACUGUUAAUCUGAAAAUCAAAAUAGAAGGGAUGGAGCUGCAGACGAAUCCGCAUCUAUUCGAGAAACGCCCCAUUCUCAAGUCUAAGUCUCCUGCCGUCAAAUGGUUCAAGGAAUGGGUGCCUCAAGAUGUUGUUUCUACUGGUGGAAAGUGCUACCUUUUGAAAUGGGUUACAGAGGAUACAUUAAAGGCCUUGAAAGAGAAGGCAAAAGAACCAGAACCUGAAGAACCAGAGCCAGAGCCAAGUACAGAAGUUCUUUUCCUCUGCAGCUAUGAAGGCUGUGGAAAGACUUUUAUUGAUGCUGGGGCUUUGAGGAAGCAUUCUCACAUCCAUGGAGAGAGACAAUAUGUCUGUCAUUAUGAAGGAUGUGGAAAGAAAUUCUUGGAUAGUUCCAAGCUGAAAAGGCACUUUCUCAUUCAUACAGGGGAGAGGCAUUUUGUAUGCCCUCAUGAAGGUUGUGGUAAGGCUUUCUCCCUGGAUUUCAACUUGCGGGCACACAUGCGAACACAUUCACAAGAAAAUUAUCACAUUUGCCCAUAUGUAGACUGUGGAAAGAGAUAUGCUCAUGAAUACAAGUUAAAAACUCACAUCAAGGCUCACCAUGAAAAGAACAUGGCGAUGGAUGCGAUGAAACAUACCCCACCCUCGGAGAAGCUUCCAAAUACUUCAAAGCCUUCAGCAGUUGGCUAUGGAUCUGCUUCAUCAGACCGCCCUUAUGCCUGUCCUUACGAAGGAUGUGACAAGUGCUACAUUCAUGAGUACAAGCUUAACCUCCACCUGAAAAGAGAGCAUCCUGGCCAUAACUUAGAAGAGAAUGGAAAGCAUGCUGCUACUGAUGCUGAUAAUGAGAUGGAUGAAGCCAGUGAUCAAGAUGCUUAUGCUGGAAAGAGUGGUAGUGGAAAGAAUUCUAAACGAAGCAAGCCCAAGCCAGUCUCGAAGAUGCCACCUGCAAAGAUUGCACAGCGGAAGGGUUCAAGUGCCCCUCCUGCUAAUCUGAAUGUGAUUAAAAAACAGUGGCCAAGCAAAGACAUGUACGAGGAAGAGGAUAGCGAGGAAACAGAAGAGGAUCGUGACAAUGUUGAGGAUGGGUGGAGGUAUGCAGAGAACAACGAGGAUGAUGAGGAGACAGAAUAUGAGGAUUAAGGCUGAUUCGAUGACUCUGUAUGUAUGGGACUUUUAUGCCCAAAUUGACCAUUUUUUGAAACUUAAAAUAUUAGUGAUAACAGAUAAUAUUUUAAUCAUAUAUGUAAGUAGUCCUUUCUUUUUCUUAUUUUCGGUUCUUCCUUGGCACCUCUUUCUCCCUCGAAUUAUGAUAUCCCAUAAUUCAAAGUA